UUCCAUACAGGAAGCUGGAUUGCUAACCAGCCAGCUGUCAACAAAGGGCAAAACUGUACCAACUCACCAUAUCCAUGUGGAAGUCGACGAUAUUGCCGACUUUGUAUUGCUUCUCCUAAAUUGCAUUCAACGACGCCGCCAUCUGUAUCUGGACCAUGGCUACAACUGCUCAGCUGUUCGAGGAGCCAUUUGAUGCAGAUGAGUACAUUGAAAGGCUGGCAUGGAGGACUCCCGGAGGAGGUUCCAAAGGAGGAGCUGAGGCAUUCGACCCAAAGAGGCUGUUGGAAGAAUUUCAGAACCACAUAGAGGAGCUGAAGCAACUGGAUGAGAGGAUCCAGCGAAAGGUAGAGAAGCUGGAGCAUCAGUGUCAUCGUGAGGCCAAGGAAUUUGCCCACAAAGUUCAAGACUUACAGAGAAGCAACCAGGUGGCCUUUCAGCAUUUCCAGGAACUUGACGAGCAUAUAAGCUAUGUGGCCACUAAGGUUUGCCACCUCGGUGACCAGCUGGAGGGUGUGAACACGCCCCGGCAGAGGGCUGUCGAAGCUCAGCGUCUGAUGACCUACUUCAACGAGUUCUUGGAUGGAGACCUACGCAGUGAUGUCUUCAAUAACCCAGACAAGAUUAAGGAGGCUGCCGAUAUCAUUCAGAAGCUGCAUCUCAUUGCUCAGGAGCUGCCAUUUGACAGAUUUGCAGAUGUCAAGGCCAAAAUUGCAAGUAAGUACCAUGACCUGGAGCGCCAGUUAAUCCAGGAGUUCACCGCUGCCCAGCGCAGAGGUGAGAUUGGACGUAUGCGGGAGGUUGCAGCGGUUCUAUUACAUUUCAAGGGCUAUGCACACUGUGUGGACGUCUAUAUCAAGCAGUGCCAGGAAGGGGCCUACCUAAGGAACGAUGUGUUUGAGGACACUGCAGUGCUUUGCCAGAGGGUCAACAAGCAGGUGGGCGAAGUCUUCAGUAGCCCAGAGACUGUUAUGGCCAAACUCAUCCAGAACAUUUUUGAGAACAAGUUGCAGGCCCAUGUUAAGGAGAAACUGGAUGAAACCCGACACUCUGAUGUGGAACAGUACCUCAAGAAUCUCUAUGACCUUUAUACCAGGACCACAGCAUUGGCCACUAAGCUAACAGAGUUCAACCUUGGCUCAGACAAGCACACUUUCCUGUCCAAGCUGAUAAAAAGCAUCUUUUCCACAUACCUGGAAAGUUACAUUGACAUGGAGAGGGAAUACCUUCGCACUCGAGGCGCCAUGAUUUUGCAGCGCUACUACGACUCCAAGAACCACCAAAAACGCCCAGUUGGCACUGGCAGUAUUCAGGAGCUGAAGGAGCGUAUCAGACAGCGCACCAACUUUCCCCUUGGUCCUAGCAUUGACACUCAUGGGGAGACCUUUUUAUCCCCAGAGCUGGUUGUCAACCUGCUGCAGGAGACACGUCUUGCCUUUGAGAGAUGCCACAAGCUUUCAGAUCCUUCUGACCUGCCCAAGAAUGCCUUCUCAAUCUUCCUGUUGCUGGUUGAACAUCUGUGCGUGGAACACAUUGACUACGCCCUGGAGAUUGGCCUCUCAGCGAUUCCCUCAGCGGAUUCCAAGAAUGCCAACUUAAAAAAUGUGGUUCCGCAGGCAAACUCCAUCUUUCACUUGUUUGACAAGCAGUUUAAUGACCAGCUAAUGCCUCUAAUAAGCUCAUCUCCAAAGUUGGCAGAGUGCCUGCAGAAGAAGAAAGAGGUGAUUGAGCAGAUGGAAGUGAAACUAGACACAGGAAUUGACAGAACACUAAACUGCAUGGUAGGACAAAUGAAGCACAUCUUGGCAGCAGAGCAGAAGAAGACUGACUUCAGGCCUGAGGAUGAGAACAAUGUCAUGAUCCAGUACACCACGGCCUGCUCCAAGGUAUGCGCCUACGUCGGUCGGCAAGUACAACACGUGCGAAAGUCCAUGGAUGGGAAGAAUGUAGACACAGUACUGACAGAGCUGGGUGUUCGUUUCCACCGGCUCAUCCACGAGCAUCUACAGCAGUACAGUUACAGCUCGAUGGGAGGCAUGCUGGCCAUCUGCGAUGUGGCUGAAUACCGACGAUGCGCCAAGGACUUCAAGGUCCCUCUUGUGCUGCAGCUCUUUGACACACUUCACGCCCUCUGUAACCUCCUGGUGGUUGCCCCUGAUAACCUGAAGCAGGUCUGUUCAGGUGAGCAGCUCACCAAUCUGGACCGGAACCUCCUGCAUGCCUUCGUCCAGCUGAGAGCGGACUACCGUUCAGCCAGAUUAGGCAGACACUUCAGUUAAUGUCUGAUUAACACUUCACUGCUCUCCGUCCCAUACUUUAAUGACGCGAUGCACCCUGAAGAUACCCAUCCCUGAUUCAGAGAAUGCAUCGGCCUGGCCCCAGUAUACAAACUUUACUGGGAUUGCAUUGCUCAUCAUGGAGACAAAGUGUACUGCUCUUGGAAUUUGGGAAAUGUGCAUUUUACCCUUUUUCAUUGUUUAUUUCUCCAAGCUGAAAAAUUAAAUGUAUAUUGACUUAAGAUUUAAUUUGUUUUUAAGGACUAAUCCAUCCGCAAUCCACAUAGCUAAGAUGUUUGACAUAUUAUAAGUUGACAUCAGAUUUUCGUGCUUAUGUUAACUUUUUUGAUUGUGCCAAAUAUAUCAAUUCUGUGGCUGCACCUGUGCACAUGAAUAGAACCUGAAGCUGCUGUAAAUGGAGACUGCCAGCCUAUACAAUUCAGGCCUGCAGUAGCUCUGUGUACAGGGAAUGAUUUCCCUUUGCAAUGGCCUGAAAACAACCUGACAGAGCGCCGUCUGGUUAAGAGAGACACAUGACCACCUCUAACCUGUGACCUCUGACCACAGAGGUCAUCAGAGAGAGAACUGGUAUAAGACCUAUAAAUAGGUCUGAGAAUCUCUCUGAAGGAGUGGGUGGUCCCUUCUUAGGCUCAGAUGACUGGUGUGAUGGGUCACUGGGUAUGUGUCACUGUAAUUGACUAGAUUAACACUUGCUCAUCCAGUGAUGCACACAGUCCAGAGAGAAUGUUGGCUGGAUAUGAAGUGUUUCUGGGUCAGGGGACAUCAAAAUGUUGACCUCUGCUGAUUUAAAGAAACAAACUAGAGGGGACAUCUUAACAUGAGGCUCAAUGGAGGGUCUCAGGCAUUGUUUUCUGCACUAAGGAAAAAAGCAAGGUCACGUCCCUGACACCCGAGUCCAUCUCUUCAAUGAAGCUACACCCACUGUACUGCGGUUUACCUUAGUGACUCAUUAAAG